AUGGAUCCAAGAUUGCUGCUUUCCUCCCAAAGAACAGCGCCUCCCUCCCCCUUUCCCUUCCUCCUCUCCUCCUCAUCUUCCACAAGAAUUCUCGUCUCCUUCCCACCAAGGUCCGCAUUCUUUGGCUCCAUUCUCGUUGAGGGACUCGGCCGGAGAGUAAAGGAGACACCUUUGCGCUCGACUACUGUGACGGCUGCCGUCAAGCGGCGCAAGGAGGUCCCUUUCGAUUCCGUGAUCGAGCGCGACAAGAAGCUGAAGCUGGUGCUCAAGAUCCGCAACAUCCUCGUGAAGCAGCCCGACCGCAUCAUGAGUCUUCGCGAGCUCGGCCGCUUCCGCCGCGACCUCAGCCUCACCCGGAAGCGCCGCUUCAUCGGGCUCCUCCGCCGCUUCCCGGCCGUGUUCGAGAUCGUCGAGGAGGGCGUCUACUCCUUGCGAUUCCGGCUCACCCCUGAGGCCGAGCGGAUCUACCUAUAG